AUGCCCAAGUAUCAUUCAAUUGAAGAAAAUGGUCAAUCAGAACAGCCGAGGUCAGGUACUCAUGCACCAACACCUCAUACAGAACAUCAUACAGAAAAUGACUAUGAUCAUCGAAUAAAUCGUAUCAAUCCAGAAUCAAUUAAUUCAAAUGAUGUACCAACUUCAGAUUUAGAAACACAACCAUUAUUAGAUCCAGAUGAUCCAUUGGUAUCACCAUUGAAAUUAGAUUAUGUUAAAAUUUUAAAAUUUAUUCAAGUACUUUUGGUAUUUAUUAAUUUGGUAUUAUUUUUGGUAUUAUUGUUCAGCGAAUUCUUUGCAUUACCAGGUUUCAAUAAUAGAGGUAAAUCAUUUUUACAAAUGGAUUUGGCAUUGGUUUGUUUAUUUAUAAAUGUAUUAAAUAAUUUCACAUUUAUUGUACCUUCAUAUUACGAAAGAAUUGGUGGAUACGUUGUACUGGGGUUUUUGAUAUUAGAUUUAUUAGUGAUUUUAAUAAUUCCAGAAACAAGAAUUGAUCAAGGUUUAUUAGGUACUAUAUUACUUUUGUGGACUGCUGCAAAUUCAAUAUUUAACUCAUUACUGGAUUAUUGGGUUGAUGAAGCUAGAAAAUAUCAACAAAUAAGAUUAACUGGUAGAGUUGAAAAAAGAAAAACUGUUGCUGAAUUAUUUAUAAAUUUAAUUAAAGUUGUGGUUGAAAUUUUUAUAUUAUGGAUUAUAUGGUGUAUUAGUUUAACAAUCUGGUUACAUGCAUUUGAUACUCAUGAAAAACCUUGGGGUAAAAUGGUACCAGUUGAUAAUAAUCAAUUUGAUGUUCAUUUAGCAUGUUUUGGUGAUGUUCAUUCAAAAGAAGCAAAACAACCAAUUGUUUUAGUAGAAGGUGGACAAAUAACUUCUUCAGAAGUGUUUGCAGAAUGGAUUGAAGAAUUAUAUCACUUAAACAAAGUUGAAAGAUAUUGUAUUUGGGAUAGACCAGGUUAUGGAUUUUCAAAUUCUGCACCUCCACCUGCAAGUAUUGGAAUUAUAAGUGAUUAUUUAUCAGAUGCAUUAGAUAAAGAAGGAAUUGAAGGACCAUUUGCUGUGGUGGGAUUUGAUAUUGGUGGAUUAUACGCAAGAAUGUUUGCAAGUAGACAUAGAGCUCAUAUCCAACUGAUAUUAUUUGUUGAUUCAUGGCCAGUUGAUUUAUUGAAAAAAUGGCCAUUUAAUGGUUCUGGUAAAAAAAAUGAAUCAACAAAAGUUUUUAGAAAUUCUUUGGAGGUGAUGGAUAAUAUAACUGGUAUAAAAUUAUGGUUAAAAGGUUUUAUAUCUCCCUUGGGGAUUAUUCCAUCAAUACAUUGGUUUUUCCAUCCAAUGAAAUAUUCAAGUAAAUCAAGAAUAUUUGGUAGAGAUAUGUAUUAUCAAUCAAAAUAUAUUAGAGCAAGAUGUCAAGAACAAUUAGUAUCUGGUAUAUUAUCGUAUAAUGAAGUUAAAGAUGCUGAUAUAAAUGAAUUAACAGUAGGAGUAAUAUCUUCUGAUUUUAUGAUUAAAAAAUCAUUAAAUUGGGGUAAAUGGCAAAGAGAAAUUUCAAAAUUAAGUAGUAAAACAGCUGAAUGGGUAAUAGCAGAAAAUAGUGAUCAUUUUAUUUGGAGAUCACCAAAAGGUAAAAAACAAUUAUCAGAUUUAUUAUUAAGAUUAAUUGGUGAACAAGAAUACUAA